AAUCUAGUCGGGUUCUUUUAGAGAUUGUCGAUAUCUUGGGUGUGUAAGAAAACCGGAAUCAAUGCAAGAAAUCAGAAAUGUAACAUUCUCUUUUCAGACUUGUCAACCUGACCAAAGACAUCGCCAACUCUUGGAGGUUAUAGGAAAACUUGGCGUGUGCGGGGAAUUUGGAACCAAUAUAAAACCAGAUGUGCCAGUGCAUUUUCGUUCAGUUGAUCAAGUGAACCUUUGACGUUUCUCUAUAGUCCAAAGGAAACCAACGCAAUUGUGGUUUCUUGGGACUUGAAACCAUUUUGCUAUGAUAGUUUUACUCAUUUUGAUUUGUACAUUGGUGAUUGUGAUCAAGUUUUCCAUGCUAAAGCUACCUAGUUUCCAACCAGCAUGUUAUGGAACGUCCAAUGGAAGUGAAGUUAAUCAACAAGCGUCAGAUGUCAGAGCAUCUUCGCCUGAUUUCAAAUGUGUCGGUUCUUCUCGUUUGCCUUUUCCUCCUGUGAGUUCAAACAGCCGACAUCCUCUCAAACAAAAUCAACAUGUUAAAGUGGAUAAUACCUGCCAGUAUACUCAAAUCAAUCAAUACUUAUUGAAGCGAUCCAUCGGCCAGGGAUCGUAUGGAAUCGUUCAACUGGCUCACGAUACACUGAACAACGUUGACUACGCCAUGAAGAUCAUGUCGAGGAAAAAACUGUUGCAAAAGGGAGGUUUCUUUGGCCGCCAAGCUCCACAGAGAAACAAGUUUGCUAAAAAUUCAGGAACAAUUUCUCAUCCGCUCGAUCGCCUCCGUCGAGAAAUAGCCGUUCUCCAAAAAGUGGACCAUCCUAACGUCGUUAAACUGGUAGAAGUGCUAGACGAUCCAGCUCAAGAUAAUCUUUACUUGGUGUUCGAAUUACUGGAACUGGGGCCCGUGGCGGAUGUACCGAAUGGAAACCGAAUAGAAGAAACGCAAGCCAGGAAAUACUUUCGUGAUUUACUGUUAGGAAUUGAAUAUCUGCAUCGCAAUCAUAUCGUCCACCGCGACGUCAAACCCGCUAAUUUACUUGUCGGUCGUGAUGGUAGAUUGCGCAUUGCCGACUUUGGUGUCUGUACCGAAUUCUGCGGAUCUGAAGACGUGCUGUUGGACAACACUGUCGGAACACCAGCUUUCGUUGCUCCGGAACAAUUGACUGGCCAAUUCUACGGCAAAGCAGCAGACAUUUGGGCCAUGGGAAUCACUCUCUACGUUCUUAUCUACGGCAUUCUUCCUUUUAGUGGCACGAACGUGUUGACGCUAUAUGAAUCGAUCCGAAACCAGGAGUUAAGUUUUCCAGGUGUACAAGAUUCAACAUCUGCUUUACUCAAGGAUUUGCUGACUCGUCUGCUUUGCAAAGAUCCAAGUCAACGUAUUACAGUUUCGGAAAUCAAAGAACAUCCAUGGGUUGACUCUCGCCGAUCAUUCCGAAAAGAAAAUUGCGUAAGUGAAACUGAUGGGGCAAUUUUUGUUGAGGGACUUCUGCCUGAGGUUUUUUCCGUCCCGUAUUUUGCUUCUCUGGUGAAAAGCGUGUUCUCUCAACAUUCAGUUUGACUACCUUUCCAGGGCAAUUAACACUUUUUGGGUGUAGUUGGCAGCUCUCCCACGUUAUAUUGCAAUCAAUUUCGUACAUUCCAUCUUUAAUCAAAUAGUAUCCAUCGUAGAGGUGGAUGAUUCCCAUCCAGGUGAAUGGCAUCAUCGAGUAAUUAUUCAGAAAUAACAAACGUAGCAAUAGAAUUUAAUUUCGUGAAUUUUGGCGAGUGUUAUUGUAUAAAUUCGACUUGAUAGCUAAUCUGCAUUUCUUCAUUGCUGGUUAUAAAUUUCAACACUGUGAUAAAAAUGAAAAUUUGAAAGUAAACGAAGCGAUCAUUA